AUGUCCCUCCUCUACCGCACCUCUCGAUUCGUCCCCGCGGCCCUUCGCACCCCCGUUACGGCGCGGGCGUUCACCAGUAGCAGCGUGUGGCAAUUGAAGGAGGGUGAUCGCGACACAAGCCCCGAGGAAAACGAGAAACACAAGCAAGACACGGUGCGAAAGGCGAAGGAGGGAAAAGGCCAUUGGAAACCUGAGCUUGCUACGAAUAGCGAGGAGGCGGUAAAAGCAGAUCGCAGCGCAGGGAGCGACUCCAUUGCGGAUUUGCAGAAGAGGACUGUGGAAUAUGCGGAGAAAACACGGAAGUAG